UGCGUUCUAUGUGGUGCUAAACAUAGGAUUUAAAACAUGUAUGCAUCAAACUGUAUUCGUAGACGAAUUGACAGAAAUGGUAGCACUAGGUGAAUGUUGAACUUUUGUUGCACCCAUAUCCAGAUGAUGCUGCGUUCUAUUUUGCACAGAGCACUAUCGGUCUGAUCAAGUCGUCACUGUCUAGUCGGAACUAAAAGUGUCUGAUCAAACGAAGGGAGAACUAUUUUCGAUAGAACCGGAAACAUGGUGUAUGUCAAGAAAAAAUAUGGCGGCGCCCAUAGGUAGAAAUACCUUAAUGUUAUAGCUGACAUUAAUCAAGCUAAAUGUUGGACAAUAUUAAUUAACGCUAGAGGUAACCGUGUCACACGAAUAAAUCUUAAUUCUAGAUGGGCCCUCGUGUAAUUUGUUGAGCUUGUUUUGACGAAUAAACGAGCCAUACUGGAGUCGAGCAUUGUUAGCUAAUUUUGACACACUGGUGGCAUUGGUAGAUGCCCGCCCGACCAAUGACAGAAGAUGUGGAACAAUGUCAAGGCAAAAGUAAUGGGUCUGAAAAUACUCCAUGGCUUUUGCAAUUAUUGCACCCAGAGGCAUGCAUCUGUUGGCGUGUGGGUCAAAAGAACGUCGGAGAAACAUAGACGUUGUGGACAAGUCCCUGGCAAGACCCGCCUAUUUGCCACUAGGAACUACUUAUCAACAGAACCACCUUGGAGGGUCCUUUUCUUUGGGACAGAUGAUUUUGCUGUAGAAUCCCUCAAGCUGCUCUCUGCGUCAAGGGACUCCAAUGACCGAGUUGUGGAAUCACUUGAGGUUGUCACACUAUCCAAUGACGUCCCUGUGAAGAAGUUUGCUGAUCAAAACAAACUGCCCGUUCAUGUCUGGCCUCUCGGGGAUCUUCAAGGGCGGUUCGAUGUCGGGGUGGUGGUGUCGUUUGGCUGCUUGCUUCGGGAAGGACUUAUCAACCAGUUUCCAUGUGGGAUCCUGAAUGUCCACCCCAGCCUUCUCCCCAGAUGGCGCGGCCCAGCCCCAGUGUUCCACACCAUCCUACACGGAGACACUAUCACCGGGGUCAGCGUCAUGCAGAUACGACCAAAGAGGUUUGAUGUGGGUCCCAUUCUUCACCAGGAGAUCUACCAGGUCCCAGACAACUUCACAGCUGACCAGCUAGGAGCUACUCUGGCCACCAAGGGAGCCCAGCUGUUGAUUGACACAUUAAGGACCCUUCCAGAGAGAAUCACAAACCGAAGAGAGCAAGCUCAAGACGGUACCACUUUAGCCCCUAAAAUCAGCACAUCGAUGAGCUGGAUCGUAUGGGAGGAGCAGACCUGUGUCCAGAUCGACUGCCUGUUUCGUGCCAUCGCAUCCCGGAUCCCAUUGAGAACAAUUUGGAUGGGCAAGACCAUAAAGCUGCUGGACUUUGCUGGCAAGUGCAACAUUUCACUAUCAGGUCGAGGGAGGAUACCUGUGCCAGGAUCUAUGAGUUAUCAGAAAGAAUCCAACACCUUGGCUGUCUGUUGUAAGGAUGGCUGGGUUGGAUUCAAGGCGGUGAUGCUGAAGAAGAGACUGUCGGCAGCGGACUUCUACAACGGAUAUCUCCAUCAGAGCUUCCAGAACAGAUCUGGCCCUCCCAGGCAGGAGUGCCUGUUCCACAGUAACAGAACUAAAUUACGUUCAGAUGGAGAGGAGAACUCAUUGACACAGCUACACGCUGUGCAUUAAAACACAAAACAACAACCUACUUUAAUGUUAUUUGAUUAGAUACAUUUCCUGUAAAAAAAUAAAGGAUCUAUACUAUGUCUGUUUUAAGACAUCAUAUUUAAGAGUACACACAAGAGUAGUGUUCAGCAGGGAACACCGUGGCAAAACGUUUUGAAACUAAAAAUGAGCAUUUCUUAUUGUUCAAGUCCAGGUAGUAACUACCCUCUGUUUCAAAAAAAAAUCUCUUAUUUUACGCCUACUGGAAACUAUUUCCUGAUAGCCUAUGGAACACAUGAAUGUAAUAAUAGUGAUAUCAGGGAGAGGCUGUUGUGUGUAUGAGUAGUUUGUUGUCGAAUGCAAAACCCUCAAACCCGUUAAGACUACCAAAAUAACAGGUGUAUUUGCAUAAAUAAACAUUUACAAGGUU